AUUAUGUUCAAAACACGAUUAAUAUAACAUUGUAAUUUGUGCUCCGUAUCUAAAACUUUAUUAUAUUAGUGUUUGCUACGAAUACAAAAUCUCCACUUUUUUUUUUUUUGACAUUGUUUGUUUUUUUAAUAUGAGAUUCACUUUUUUUUAUAUUGCUUGAUUUUGUCAAUAUGAGAUACUAUGUUCAAAACACGAUUAAUAUAACAUUAUAGCUUGUGCUCCGUAUCUAAAACUUUAUUAUGUUAGUGUUUGCUACGAAUACAAAGUCUGCACAUUUUUUUUGACAUUAUUUAUUUUUUUAAUAUGGGAUUUACUUUUUUUUUUAAUAUUGCUUGAUUUUGCUAAUAUGGGAUCCACUUUUUUCCCCCGUGAAUUUGAAGAUGGUGGGUUUCACUUUUUUUUUUUUAAUAUUGGUUGGUUGGUGUUUAAUAUGAGCACCACUUUUUUUUUUUUUAAUAUUGGCUAAUAUUGGUUGGUUGGAAAACAGACUAAAUAUUGGCUAAUAUUGGUUGGUUGGAAAACGGACGACGAAGCUGGGUGCAAACCCAUACUUCUUAAUAGUAGUAAAGAAAGGAGCAGAUUUUUAAUUUUUGUCUUCACUUACCUUUUGCUUAUUUAAAUAGCUAUUGUAUUCCCACAUCGAACGGACAAGAGAACUCAUAUUAAAGAAACAUGAUAUUAAACGGCCCAAACGAAACAUGAAAAACCAUACCUUUCUCUGCCUUUUGGCUAAGAUCAAGUGUAGUAUCUGUUCUUAUCAGUUUAAUAUCUAAUAUGUGAGUCAUUUACUCACACGAUAUUAACUUUAUUUUUUAAGGUGGAAGGCUCAUCACGGUAGCUUGCUAUUGGGGCCGUCAAGUGUUGCCUUGGCGUUGCACUACUGCCUUGGCCUGGCGCACCUCACCAAUUCUAGUUCUAAAAUUUUCUUUUCAUUAUUAAACCUAAUUUGUUUUAUAGAGAAUAAUAACAAAUUCAGGAAUUUCAGGAAUUUUCUAUUGUAUGAACUCUCUAUCAGUGACUGGAAAUCAUUUCAUACCCUAAGAACGGUAUUACAUCUUAGAAUGUGUUUAGGAAAAGGCACAAGUACCCCAGUAUGACCGAAGUUCCAAGGACGGACUUUUCUUUUUCGGUGGUCCUAUUUACCCCAUGAACAAUUUUUAAACGCAAGUAUAAUAUUUGUCUAUGGUUUCUUCUGUUGAAACUUCUUCUAGCUAUGCACUGCAGCCACAGUUAAUGAUGAGCUAAUCUGGCGUUUUCAGCCAAUAAAGUGCAACUUUACAAGCCACCAAUCAUCCUACCGUCCCUAAUAAAGCCUUCCCAUUAGUUUCUCCACAAGCUGCACCACCGAUCCUCCAUAACCACCGCCCAGCAUCACCUCCAUCCGCCUGUUCUCUACCACUCUUAACAUCAUCUCUCCACCAUCCCUCAGCCAAAAUUGAACACACCAGCACGACCCUUAAAAUCGUUCCACCAUCAGAAAUCAAUCACCCUUCUUCUCCAUUAGGGAACACCAGCACCGUUCCUUCAACAAGUAGUGGUGGUCUUUUGACUGGUUUUUCAGAUAUCUGAAACUGAAGGUGAAGGCAGCGGCAAAUUUGGUGGUGGCGUAAGGAAGAAAAAAAAAAAAGAAAGAAGCCAGUGUUACGUACAGAGACAAAAUUGGGGGAAGGUAUCUGAAAUAUUUUCAAAUGACAUAAGACAGCUACAAAAGCAGAGCAAGAAGGAUUAAAAUUUCUCUCGGUGCUAGUUUAAGCCACUUGGGGGGGAUUCUCUUCAAGAACCACGAAACGGAAUACUCAUAUCCUUGAAGCUUUUUUUAAGGUGGUAUUAGAUCGAUUCAGCAGCGCGGUUAAUCCAAAGAACUGGAUUUAUCGGGCAGAGAGAUACUUCACUUUCCUUGGCUUCUCUGAAGAAUAUUGGCUACCUCUUCCUUCCUUAUAUCUUGAUGGUGAGGCCCUCAAAUGGUCCUGUUGGAUGUUUCGCAACAAAUAAUUUUUUGAUUGAAAACAUUUUAAGGAGAAGUUAGCGUUGUGUUUUAGGAAACAAACCUACGCAAAGUCUCCUAUGGUGGACAAUCAAAUUACCAGUAUUCUUGCUUUGCUAUAGAAGAUCGAGGACAACUGUUCAUUUAUGUCUCAGCAGGUUACAAUAGAAGAUACAAGGAUUAAUGUUGCUACAGCUAUCCCUGUGAAUAAUGUUGAGGGCCAUCCUGAGAUGUUUCAUACUUCGAUCGACACAAACCCCCUUAGAGCUGGAACUGAUUCGGCGUUAGACACUGAAUAUUCAGGCCAUGUGCACCAGGUGUCCGAUGAAAGUUCUCACCAAAGUGAAAACUCAGUCCAUGAAGUUGACACCGCGUUUGAUUUGGUGGCAGAUGAUUCAGAGGGGCUUCCUUUGCAGGUAACUCAAGUUCUUGACGAAUCUACCUGGUGCCCUGAAAGUUUGCUAACUCAAGUGAAAAAGGAAACUUGCAACACCGAUUUUGAAGAGAACAACAAGACAGGGGACAUCCUAACUUUUGAUCUAGAUUCUCCGUCUCUUGUUAUUGCAGUUUGGGAUAUAAUGCCCGAUAUCGAGGGCCAUGUCGAUUUGCCCGUUGCCUCUAUUUUUAUGGGUCAUGAGGUAACAUCUGAUUCAUUUUUUAUUGAAACUGUGCCUACUCCGAGUACGUUGCGUCCUUUUUUGUUUGAUCCUAGUUCGGCCAACACCCACUUCAUAUCAGUGGCGGAGCCAGGAUUUUCAUCUAGGGGGUUCAAAAAUUCUAAAAGGUAAAUACACGGAGAAGUUAGGGGGUUCAACAUCUACUAUAUAUACAUAAUAAAAUAAUUUUAACUUUGAAAAUACACUGUAAUUUUUCGCCGAGGGGGUUCGAACCCCCUGGAGCCAAUGUGGCUUCGCCCUUGCUGCAAAUAGCCAAGGAUCGCAUUUACACAAUUCCAUGUUUUCCGUUUGAUCCUGGUACUAAAUACUUUAUGGUACCCAUUCGUGUAACUUCGUCGAAUCUUCAUGUAUGGGAUCCGGGAAUAAGUUUUGAGGUCAUGGCUCUAACAUGUUAUCCCGUGAACGUGGAGGCACUACAAUUGUAGGGAUGUUCUGGCAAGUUUUAGUUAAUUGUGUAUUCUUACUCUAGACGUAGAGUGUGGGAUCCCGGACAAUCUAGGUGUGUGAACCCCUACAUCUUGCAAUCUGAUUCGGCAUGAGGAGUUGCUCGUUCUUCAACUUUUACUCACUUUUAUAUUGCUGAAAGAGGCGUUUACUUCUACCCGACAACAUUGGCACCAAAGACGACUGAAUUACCUUGGAGAGGAAAGUUUCUUAUUUUGCUUUUAGCGUGGCUUGAUGAAAAUAAGGCGCGACACCUGGAUAUACAUGCUUUCAAGACGUGCGUGGAGACAGUCCGUACGGCUCACAUACUCGGGUUGGACUAUGCAUGCUCCAAGCCGUCCAUGACCAAUCCUUACUGUGCGCCUAGGCGUUCAGUCGUGACCGUUCCUAGGGCUCGUAUCUUAUGCAUAUGCAAUAUCAUAAUAAAUUGUAAAGACUCUUAACUCUUAAUGAAAAUUUCUUUUCUUUUCUUUAUUUUGAUUUUUGAGGAAUAUUAUACAUAUAAUAUAAUCUAUAUAACUAAAAAAAAAAAAAAAAAAACUAGCA